AUGAAGCGUUCCUUGCAGCUGCUAAAGUCUGCGCUGCGGGCGCAGCGGCAGACAGCCAAGACGAAGAAGGCCAACAAGAAGCAGCAGCAGCAACAGCAGCAGCAGCAACAGCAGCAGCAGCAGCAGCAGCAGCAGGAUAUAUCUAACCUUAAGGUGGAGACAGGAGAGAGUUCAUCUUUACCGCCAUCAGCCGAUGGACAAAAGAAAUCUAUUGCACUAAAUUAUGACGGUAGGACCCUUAACGAUAGAAAAAUAAGGGUCGAGCUGACGGCAGGAGGGGGAGGAAAAUCUAAAGGAAGAAUGGAGAAAAUAAAGAAGAAAAACGAAGAACGUCGUAAAAGAAGAGCGGAGUUCUUAAAGAAGAAAAGAAAUGCUGCUAAGGCAAAAGGAGGAGAUGCAGCAGCAGCAGCAGCAACAGGAGCAACAGGAGCAGCAGCAGGAGCAGCAGAAGCAGAAGGAGAGGGGAAUAAAAAAGAAAAGAAGCAAAAGAAUUCCUCUUCUCUUUCUUUAUCAUCAAAGAAAGGAAAAAAUAAAAGAAUAGCUAAUGAUGGAUACACCGCAACAGCAGCAGCAGCAGGAGCAGCAGCAGCAGCAGCAGCAGCAAAGAAACGUAAACUUAAACAAUAA